AUGCAGAGUUCACCAACAACCAGGCAGUCCCCCGCGUCAUCACCCUGGGCCGCAGACCGUCAUUCCCGGCAGUUGGGUGGUUUCUUCAACUCGUCAAACACACAUCCUAUACAGCACUCGGCGUUCAACGGCACCAUGCCAUCUCCGUUUCUGUUUCCGAGGGAUUCUUCCGAUGGUGGUGGCUCUGGUGGAUCAGCGCCCACCAGGAUCCAACCCAGGGCCACACACGAAGACGAAUUGGGAUAUGUUGUCACAAUCAUAUUCAUCAAUGCCCAGCCCAAGGCUACAGAAAGUAUCGCCAAAUCCAGCGCAAACGCGUAUGAUAAGUUUGGUGGCUUUCUAGAACCUCACAAUAGCAACAUGGACAUUGAUGUUCACGCUUCGCCCAUGCAAAUUUCGCCUAUGGAAAAUCAACGGGGACAACUUAACCAAAUCCCCUCUUUUGGCUUCCCGAAUACAUACUCACCUGACAUAUAUCAGCCUACUCCUGGAUCAAACGCUCGAAGCGAUGGCGACAGACGUGAACACCCUAGCUUGUCUUUUCCAGGCACCACAAGUUCCCCACUGCCAUCCUCGGGUGAAGAUCGUCGACGCGCAGAGACACUCCCGACACCUACAGAUCAGCUUCCCAUUAACUUCAUUUCGGUUGAUGACUGUCAACGGCUGCUUCAAGCAGCGCCAGAAACGACCUUGCUUCUUGACAUCAGGCCGUAUCCUCAGUUCUCGCAAGCAAACAUCAUGGAAUCCCUCAACCUUUGCAUACCCACAACACUUUUGAAGAGGCCCUCUUUCAAUACCGAAAAGCUCAAGGAUACAUUCACCAACGAAUCUGAACAAAGAAAGUUCUUGUCUUGGAGACAAAGUGAUUAUAUUAUUGUAUACGACUCAAAUACAGUGCAAUUACGGGACGCCACGUUGCUUAUGAAUGUACUUAAGAAAUUCAAAGUGGAGGGCUGGCACGGCGAAGGAAGGAUACUACGCGGAGGGUUUGCAGCUUUUGCCAGUCGCUUUCCGAAUCAGGUACGACAGCAGCGUCAGAACAACGCCAAACCAUCGGGUAUGGGUGCCCGGCCGAUGAGCCUGAAUCUUGCAUCUACUGUACCAGUAGCAGGGGGUUGCUCUCUACCGGAUGCCGGUCCAGCCGAACCAUUCUUUAGUAAUAUUCGACAGAACAUGGAUUUAGUCGGCGGUGUUGGUCAGAUGCCCGUCAAACUUCCUAACGCAUUAACGCCCGAACAUACCAAAAAUCUCCCGCAAUGGCUUCGCAAAGCAUCAUCUCAUGAAGACAAAGGGCACGAUGUAUCGCAGAAAUUCUUAAACAUUGAACAACGCGAGUUGCGUCGCAUGCGAGAGGCCCUCAAUUCUCAUGUCAACUACGAUGAACAAUCCUCAACAAAGUUCCGGGUUGCCGGAAUUGAAAAAGGAUCAAAGAACAGGUAUAACGACAUAUAUCCGUUUGACCACUCUCGAGUUCGACUUCAAGAUGUCCCUUCUGGCGCAUGUGAUUACAUAAAUGCCAAUCACGUUGGAGCGAAGUUUACAAACAAGACGUAUAUUGCUACCCAGGCACCUAUACCAGACACAUUCGUCGACUUCUGGCGUGUUAUUUGGGAACACGAUGUCCGCGUGAUUGUAGCCCUUACCGCCGAGAUGGAGCGAGGACAAAUCAAGUGCCACCCGUAUUGGAACACCAACAGUUACGGCCCUUUCAAGGUCAAAUCUCUUGGAGAGCGACGCGUAUACGUGGAUCUGCCACAAGAUCCGGAAACACCACAGCGUCCAUCGGCAUCUGAGAAGAAGCCUUCUUCAGAGGGACUCUUUACUUCAGGUGACGAGCGACCAUAUAUUCUCGUACGGCACUUCACCCUCUCACAUUCCGACUAUCCUUUCAAGCCGAUCCGAGAAAUCACCCAACUACAAUACUCUUACUGGCCCGAUUUUGGAACCACAUCGCAACCGAAUCAUCUAUUGCAACUUGUCGAGCAAUGCAACAAAAUCACCAGGAGGAGCAGUUCAAUAAAUUUCAGCGCUGAAGACGCCGAGCCACCAGGUCUUCGGCCUAUUGUGGUGCAUUGCAGCGCUGGCUGCGGUCGAACAGGCACCUUUUGCACCGUCGACAGUGUGUUGGACAUGCUCAAACAGCAGCGCACGAAGCGAGCUACGAAUGACGACAGUAGAAAGAAGAAUAACGACGACAACGAGAAAUGGAUUUAUGACGACUCGACGGAUCUGGUUGCUAAGACAGUUGAGGAUUUCCGAACUCAACGUCCCAGUAUGGUGCAGAAUCUGAGUCAGUUUGUACUUUGUUAUGAAACGAUUUUGGAAUGGGCUGCGUUGCAUGAUUCAUAG